UCCAGGGAGUUUUAGCUGAAAUUACUGUAAAAGGAGAAUGAGACAGGGGCCACAGAAGACAUAAGCACACGCCUGAAAGUGCCUCAAAAUCUUUGGGGAGCGACAGGAAGGAGAGUGGAGAAAGAAGUAUCACCGUUUGAAUCUCACUGUCAGUGAGGGAGAGAGGAAGAGAAGUGAAAGUUAAAGUUGAGUGAAGGGAAGAAAAGGUCUGCUCAUCAUGGCCGCCUUGAAGGAGAAGAGGAGUUGUGGGCAGCGAUGUGAAGACUUUGGUCGUUUUGUCUGGAACUCCGACGAAGGGAAGUUUAUGGGGAGAACACCAGAGAAAUGGGUGUACAUCAGUCUGUAUUAUGUUGCCUUCUACGUGGUGAUGACGGGCCUCUUUUCUCUGGCCAUCUGGACGCUCAUGUACACUUUGGAUCCGUACGCCCCGGACUACCAAGACCGGUUAAAUUCUCCGGGGGUCAUGGUGUGGCCGAACACUUACGGGGAGGAAAUUGUUGAAAUCAACUACAACACAUCAGACAAGGCCAGCUGGAUGAAGAUGACCAACAUCCUUAAUGAGUUCCUGGAGCUCUACAAUGACACCAAGCAGCUUGAAUGUAACAACUAUAACUGUACAAAGGGAAAGUACUUCAUCCAGGACACCUUCUCUGCCCCUCACCACACCAAGUGGGCAUGCCCCUUCAUGCAGAGCAUGCUGGGAGCCUGUUCAGGAUUUGAGGACCCGACCUUUGGCUACAACUGCUCCAUGCCUUGUGUCGUCAUUAAGAUGAACAGGAUCAUCAACUUUUUGCCCACUAACAACACUGACCAUGUCCCUUAUGUCAACUGCACUGUACUGGAAGGACAAAACAAUGUGGACAAAAUCGAGUAUUUCCCUGAAUGUGCAAGUAUGGAUUUAUCUUACUUCCCUUACUACGGAAAACUGGCACAGCCUACUUACGUCAACCCGCUGGUGGCCGUUCGGUUCAGGCUGGUCGGAGAGAAGCAAGCCAAGAUCCAGUGCAGAGUGGUCUCCAAAAAGAUCAGCUAUGAAAACUUCUACGACCCCUACGAGGGAAAAGUCAUCUUCCAACUCAAAGCAGUGAAAUGAGAAGAUACUCUGAUAUCCCAUGAUCACGUAACAACGAACCUUUCAGUGUCAGAGAGCAGGUGACUACAGAUCCAUAGUGACUGUUAUUUAACAACCUUGGAACCACUUGUAUUCAACAGUUUAGGCCCACUUGUAAAUGUCUGUGUGGUGCGUUAAUGAACAUGAUUUGUCAUGCUUUGCUAUUUGAUUCAUGACCUUCUUUGUCAUCUGAUUUUUUUACCCAUGACAUAAAAAAUGAAAUCUAUAAA